AUGAUCAGUAUUAGGAAAUAAGGAAUCAAAAAAUAUAUCAAGGAAGUUACGAGAUUUCAUAAUUUAAGAGGAUUUAGAGUUUCUGAGUUUCAUUCUCAUAUGUAGAUUAAAGCUUAACACAAUCUAGAGAAAGAUAUCUAGAAGACCAUUAAAUAUUCUAAAAAAUAAAUACUAUCUUGA